AUGGAUCCGGGCUUCAGGUCCACUGCCUGCCGCCGUCCUGGAUGCUGCAGACUCAGGCAGGAGCUCGUAGCUGCCGCGUCCCUUCGUGUGAUUAGAUCGCUUGUUUGAAACCACAGCGACAGUGAUCUGAGCAGACAGGACAUUCAGCAGCAGCAGCAGCAGCGGUGCUUUGGUGCUCGGAGUGCCCGCCCAGGCAGGCAGGCAGCAGGCAGCAGGCAGGAGAGAUGGAGCGGUGGAAAGGCAGAGUGGCCCUGGUGACCGGAGCCUCGGUGGGGAUUGGAGCGGCCACAGCCCGGGCACUGGUCCAGCAAGGCAUGCGGGUCGUCGGCUGUGCCAGGAACGUCGACAAAAUAGAGAAGCUGGCAGCAGAAUGUCAGAGUGCAGGCUACAGUGGCACACUGAUCCCCUACAAGUGUGACCUGUCCAACGAGGAGGAGAUCCUGUCCAUGUUUUCAGCGAUAAAGACGCUGCACAAAGGCGUGGACGUAUGCAUCAACAACGCUGGACUGGCCCACAGCGAGCCACUGCUCAGCGGAAAGACCGAGGGCUGGAGGAACAUGAUCGAUGUGAAUGUCUUAGCCUUGUCUAUCUGCACCCGUGAGGCAUACAAAUCAAUGAAGGAAAGGAAUGUGGACGAUGGCCACAUCAUUAAUAUUAACAGUAUGAGUGGACACCGAGUGGUGCCAAGUGCUGACGUGCAUUUCUACAGUGCCACUAAAUAUGCUGUGACUGCUCUGACUGAGGGGAUACGACAAGAGCUCAGAGAAGCAAAUACACACAUCAGAGCCACAUGUAUAUCUCCUGGAAUAGUGGAGACUGAGUUUGCCUUCCGGCACCAUGACAGUGAUCCAGAGAAAGCAGCUGCUGUGUACGAGAGUAUCAAAUGUUUGAAAGCAGAAGACGUAGCCAGCGCGGUCACAUUUGUCCUCAGUGCCCCUCCUCACGUCCAGAUUGGAGACAUGCAGAUGAGGCCGGUCGAACAGGUGUCGUAGCAGUCAAACAGGAAGCUGCAGGAGGAGCACAGCAGCCCUCAUGACCCAUUAGCGACCUCUGCUGGGCAAGGGAGGGAGGGGGGAUAAAACAAAUCAACUACAGCUGUUUUGGAUCUGCUCGGAUGUGGCUGAGGAGAUCUGGAGCCUUAAGGAGGCUGUGAGAGGAAAUGAAGGGCGUAGACUUUGCAAACCACUACGAAAAUACUACUGAACGCAGCAACCUAGUUGUUUAUGAAUUGCGGUCCUGAACCGGGCUGACUCCAGAUUACAGUAGGAACAAACGACAACGGAGAGUGCUGCUGUGCUACAUGGUCAUCUGCGUGACCAUCACUUCAGAGGGAAGACUAUGCCAUUGAUUGCACAUGUUUUAUUUUUUUUGUUUUUGUAGGUCAUAUGACAUAUCUUUUUGAAAAGAAAUGGAAAGAGUUUAAGUUUAAGUAUAAUUGCCACUAAUACGUUUUAUAAAUAUUUUAACUUUUGAUCAUAAAUAGACGUGGUCUCAUACUCACUAAAUAUAGACAAUACUAUGUCCUGUACUCUUGUAACUAACCAUGAACUGACUUGCAUCCUGCUUCCUGUAGUCACCAUAAGUUUUCACAAACACAUUCACUAACCUUUCUAUCCAGUUUUCAGCCCUGUACAAGGAAUCGGGAACGACCAAUGCCAUUGUCUUUUCAGUACAUGGGUUUCGAAUCCACCUUUGAUUUGCCUAUGUAAUUUCAUUUCUUCUGCACUUUUGAUUCAUUUGUGGGGAGUUUUAACAAGUAAACACUGGCAACUUAUGUAGGGGAGGAAGCUAACUCAUUGCACAUGUAACCCGCUUGAGAUGUGUACCUUCAAUUUCUCAUUAAAUAAAAAUGAUUGCCCAGAA